CGGGAAAACCACAAAAUCCUAGAACGGUUUGGGUUGGAAAGGACCUUAAAGAUCAUCCAUUUCAACCCCUUGCGCUGGGCAGGGACCCCUCCUGCUGGAACGAGCUGCGAAACGCCACCCUGACACAAAAAGUGGUUACAGAAAGUGGAAUAUUCUUAUUGAAGCUAAGGUAGAGUUAAGUUCAUCCGAGUAAUCGUAUUUUAUGAAGUUAGCAGUUGGGCCAAGACAACUGAUAUAAAUUUGUCCAGCUCCUUAAAUGGUUUGAGCUUCAUGGGAAUUCUGGAUGCAAGAGUGGUCAGCGGUAUCCAGGGCCUUCAAAACUUGAACUCUGGAACCCCGAAAUCUCUCUCAUUGCCUGAAUAUGGGCCUGGCCAGGUGCCCAGUGCUUUAGAAGACUGUCGUAGCCUUAAAUCGGUGGAUUCUGGUAUUCCAACUCUAGAAAUAGGAAAUCCAGAGCAUGUUCACUGCAGCGUAUUAAAUGUGAAGAGAAAGCAGUCAGAACCUGAAAUUGUGCCUGACAGGGCUUUUCAGAGUGCAUGCACACUGCCGUCUUAUGUGCCUCCACAUUCUCUGACUUCCGAACAUAACCAUGCUGUGCGAAAAUCCUCUACUUUCCCAAGAACUGGGUAUGACACUGUCAAACUUUAUAGUCCAACCUCAAAAACUCUGAAUCGAAGUGAUGAUAUUUCUGUCUGUAGUGUUUCUAGUCUUAGCACAGAACUGUCAACAACUUUAUCAGUAAGCAAUGAAGACAUUUUGGACUUUGUGGUCACAAGCAGUUCAAGUGCAAUUGUGAAUCUGGAGACUGAUGAGGCACACUUCUCUGAUGUUACCCUGAAUUCCAGUAAAGAGACCAAUGAUCAGAGCCAGCAGGAAUGUUGUCAAGAGACAGACUUGGACAGUAAACGAAAAAUAUUGGGACCUUUUACGAACUUCUUUACCAGGAAUUUAUUUACCAGAAAGCAAAGUACAAGAUUUGAAAAACAAAAUGAUGUUGGAUGGAAGUUGUUUGGAAAAGUACCUCUCAGAGACAACUCACAGAAAGAUCCAAAGGAAAUACAAAAGGAAUAUGAAGAAAAAACUGGACGACCUCACAGACCACUGUCUCCUAAACAGAAUGUGAGGAAGAAUCUUGAUUUUGAACCACUCUCCACUACAGCACUUAUUUUAGAGGACAGACCAGCGAACCUCCCUGCAAAACCAGCAGAAGAAGCUCAGAAACACAGACAACAGUACGAGGAAAUGGUGGUUCAAGCAAAAAAAAGAGAGCUGAAAGAAGCCCAGAAGAGAAAGAAACAACUGGAAGAACGCUGUAAACUGGAAGACAGCAUUGGAAAUGCUGUUUUAACAUGGAACAAUGAAAUCUUGCCCAACUGGGAAACUAUGUGUUGUUCCCGUAAAGUUCGAGAGCUGUGGUGGCAGGGCAUCCCACCAAGUGUGAGGGGCAAAGUCUGGAGCUUGGCAAUUGGCAACGAGUUAAACAUCACCCAUGAACUGUAUGAUAUUUGCCUGGCCCGCGCCAAAGAGAAAUGGCGAUCGCUUAGCACGGGAGGGGCUGAAGUAGAAAGUGAAGAUGCUGGAUUUUCUGCAGCUGACAGAGAAGCAAGUUUGGAGUUAAUAAAACUGGAUAUCUCAAGAACGUUUCCUAAUCUCUGUAUAUUCCAGCAAGGUGGUCCUUACCAUGACACGUUGCACAGUAUUUUAGGAGCCUAUACUUGUUACAGACCUGAUGUAGGCUAUGUGCAGGGCAUGUCAUUCAUAGCAGCAGUAUUGAUCUUGAACUUGGAUACUGCAGAUGCCUUCAUUGCUUUUUCUAACCUUUUAAAUAAACCUUGUCAGAUGGCUUUUUUCCGUGUGGACCAUGGCCUUAUGUUGACAUACUUUGCUGCAUUUGAGGUAUUCUUUGAAGAAAAUCUGCCAAAGUUAUUUGCUCACUUCAAAAAAAAUAACUUAACUCCAGACAUCUAUCUCAUUGAUUGGAUAUUCACAUUGUACAGCAAAUCUUUGCCACUGGACUUGGCAUGUCGUGUUUGGGAUGUGUUCUGCCGUGAUGGAGAAGAGUUCCUAUUCCGUACAGCCCUGGGAAUACUAAAACUUUUUGAAGAUAUUUUGACCAAAAUGGACUUCAUUCAUAUAGCCCAGUUUUUAACAAAGCUGCCUGAGGACUUGCCUUCAGAAGAAUUCUUCACAUCUAUUGCUGCCAUUCAGAUGCAAAGUAGAAACAAAAAGUGGGCUCAGGUACUGGCUGCUCUGCAGAAAGAUAACCGGGAAAUGGAAAAAGGAAGUCCUUCACUCAAACGUUAAAAUUCUGGCUGCCUCCAGCGACUCAAAGGAAAAGAGUAAAGUGGCAAAAGUAUUGACACCAUUUGACAUGUAUGAGCUUGCAAAUCAAAGUGUUAUUUCAAGAGUUUGGUUUAGUACUAGAAUAGCCUUAAAGGGAAAGGAUGGAGCAGGAGAGGAAGGAAAUCGGUAUAAAACCCGUAGAAUUUAAACCUAGGCUUAGCCUUAAACUUCUAAUAAGCAUUUGCUGUCGACAGCGUUACACAUUCUCUACUUCCGGUGAGGGCAGUGAAACUAAACAAUAUUAAGGAGUUUUUUCAAGUUUGAUUUUUUUUUUUUAUGUUUUAAGAGACUGGGCAUUCAGCGAUGUCAGUUGCUUUGAAAGCUGUUCCUCAGUUCUGUUUUUAGGCAGGGUAUAUUUCCCAUACCUAUAACAUUAGCUGGAUCUGGAUUUUAUAUAACUGGUGCUGGAAUUUAUAGUUAAAUUAUGUAAGGACCAUUUCUUUAGAAAUGCUUCUUGUUUUAUAGGCUGUGGGUCCCAUUUACCAAAGAAAUCACAUAGGUUCAGAACUACAUUCCAUUCUUUAAUGAGGAAAAGUAGAAAGUAAACUUGGAGAAGUCCCACUGGCAGUGCAAAACCAAUUAUGCUUCAGGAUGCCUUGGAAGUCUCGGUUUCCGAUUGGGAUGCAUAUGAAAGAAGUUCCAUUAAUCAGACUAGAUUCCAAACUCACCAAGGGUGUUCUAAUAUUAGGCUGACAUCAUUUCCCGGUUUGACUCUUUCAAGUCAGGGUCACUGGCUUUAAAAACUUGAAAGAAACAUACCACUAAAUGUACAUUUCCAUGUUUUCUUCUUGUGGGGCAGGGCCGUCUCAGGGUGUUCUGGCUUAGUGGCUUCUUAGUCCUGUGCCAUCUCUCCAGUUGUGCUGAUCAAACUGAGCUGGGCUGAGCUUAUAAACUGAGAAACGGUUAAAAGCAGUUUUUAUAGUUCCCUUAAAACCAGCUCUGCUCACUGGCCAAACUGAGAAGGAAGAGUGUAGGUGAGAAAUGACAUAAGCUGACGUUGCUGCUGAAACCCAAAGGUUCUGUGGGAUCUGAAAGCGUUGAUCUGUAUGUAGUGACAAGUGAAAGAAGUUGAUUUGGGGAUGUGCCAGACAAAUACCAUCAGGAUAAGUACAAGCUGUCACUCCCUAGAAUUUUAUCCAGUCUCUAAUACAUAGGAGCAAGUUACAGAGGCAGCAAACAACGGCUGUGGAAUUGUUACACAGCUUGGAGCUCCUCUGCAUUCCAGUGAACACUGAACUGUAAAUCAUGUGUGCCUCUGAUUUACGAGAAUGUUUAUUGCAUAGUGUAUAGUGUAAAAUCUAUUUUAUAAAUAACGAUCAUUGAAAAGGGAAACUUAACUGAAGCAAUAUUUGUGUAAACUGUUUCUAAAUCCUCUAGCUGUAUGGUCAGCGGUUUCCCUAUGCUCUUUGGUCUGUUUUAUGCUGAUUAUUCUGGCAUUGUCUGAAUAAAAAAAUGAGACUAAGAGUUACACACUACUCAACUGAACUUAUAAUGUAAAGGACUGUGGGAUAUAGUCAAAAUACUGUCCUUUAUUGCAAACGUGGUUUCUGCAAAGGAUAGUUUGAUUGUAAUAUUAGAGCAGUGAGAGCAAGAUUCCCUGGUAAGCGAGGACUCAGAAUCCCUUUAGCAGAUGUGUAAUGCAAGUGCAGCUCGCAAGUCUGAUACCUCAUUGGCCUCUUUCCCUCUCUGCUUCGUACACCUGACAUAAUGUAUAUGGGGUUUUGUUGACCAUCUUAAUUCCUUCAUAAGGCUACUUGUAGGUCACCCCUUACUGAAAACAGACCCCAAGAUGUUGAUAUGAAACGCAUGAUAAUUCGCCCAGAACUUGUCUAGUUUUGAUCCUUCAGUGACCGGUACUUGUGUGCUGCAUUGCUGGGAAGUGCAAUAGAAAGUUGGAAGGAAGGUUAGUGGUUUUUUUUCAUAUUACUUUUUCUGUUACUACAAGGAUGUGAGAGGCCUACCAUUCAAAACAUUUGCACUAUGCUUAUAAAUGGUUCAUUAAACAGACAAGUUUUUCCUCAGUAUACAUUUUUUUAGGUGGUACUGUAAGAGGGUUUGUAAUUUAAGUCUUCAUUGCAACUAGAUAUGUAUUUCCUUUUCAGCAGGUCUGUAAGUGUGCCUCAUUUGUCUGUUUAAAAUGCUUUCUUCAGCUACUAAUUAUCUUUGCAGCCAUCAACAGCCUAUUCCCCUUUUUCUCUUCUAUGUUGGACCUAACAGUGAAAAUGGGUACAGUUGUGGGGAAAAAGGCCUGCUGCAGCACUUGUGCACUGUUUGUUAAGCAAAUGUAAUUAUUUUGGUUUGUGACUUAUCUUUCUGUUCUUAGAUGUAUAUAUUUUCUAAAGGAUUUCUUUGUAUAUAUAAGGUACGUUCUAUCAUGAAGAAAAGCAAUGCAAUAAUGAGCUUUGCACAGUUUGUUUUCAAACAAAAUACAUUUGAGGAAAAAAAACCACUUCCCCGAAAGAUUGUUUCAACUUGUGAGUAACUUGAUUUGAAAUUAAUGCUUACAUUUGGAUACGUGCAGAGAUGAGUAGUGAGGGCAUAGAAUUAUUUGCCACUGAGCUUGUUAAGUUUCUUGCAGCUUACCAAAUCUCUUAGUUAGCUAUUCAGGAAGAUUUCUGCAAUAAAUUCAGGGAUUGCAUAAAAAGCGUUGACAAUUGUAUUGUUCAGGUGCUUGAGAGUGAGUAUCUGUAACAAGAUGCAUGAGAUUUUCCUUGAUUGAGCGAGUGUCCCCAUCAGUCAAAAUUUCUUUUCCUCAUGGGUUUAAGGAAAACUAAAAAUGCUGCAAUCCAUCAGGAGUCUGCAACAACCACUGUAUGUGCAGCAAAGCAGAGAAACCAGACAACUUCAACCAGGCUGAGAAUUCUGUACAACCUGCACUUUCUAAUAAAGCUGUUUUGCAACUUUAGUCAGCAAUCAAUCAUAAACAUUACUUCAUUUAGUAAAGAGUUUCCUUUGGGGGAAAAAAUUAGGUACCUUGUAAGAGCUUAUUUUUGAAUGUUUCAAAAACUCGAGUGACACACAGAGCACCGUUGAUAGAUGCCCCGUGCAUCGCGUUGCAAUUGGUUCUACGUUGGUGUGUGUAUCAAACUGGAACUUUUUUUCAACUGUCAAUAAAUGGUUUCG